AACAUGGAGGUGCAUAAUGAGACGCAAACAGAUGAAUAUGAUUAUUAUUACACAAAAGACUACACUGAAGGUUAUCCUGAUGAAAGCGAAAUAGAAUAUAUCUGUAACCUGAAUAUCAACCGUGAUAUGGAGAUAGUCAUACAGACCUACGUCCAUUCCUUCAUCUGUGCAUUCGGUCUCUGUGGCAAUGCGUUGGUGAUUGUCACAUAUGCCUUCUACAAGAAAGCCAAGACCAUGACGGAUGUGUACCUUCUGAACGUGGCUGUAGCAGAUCUGCUGUUCAUCGUGACCCUGCCACUCAUCAUCUACAAUGAGCAGCAUGACUGGAGCAUGGGCUCAGUGGUCUGCAAGGCCCUACGAGGAGCCUACAGCAUCAACCUGUACAGUGGCAUGCUCCUGCUGGCCUGCAUCAGUGGAGACCGAUACAUCUCCAUCGUCCAGGCCAGGCGCUCCUUCGGCCUCCGCUCCCGGACCCUGAUCUACAGCCGCCUCAUCUGCACAGCCAUCUGGGCUCUGGCCAUAGCCCUGUCUAUCCCCACAGUCAUCUACAACAAGCGGGUUGAGGAGACCAACAGGUUGGGGGAGACUAUAGCCGUGUGCCAGGUGCAGUUUGAAAGUAACAAGACCGCCCGGCUGAUAAAGGUGCUGGUACCCAGUCUGCAGAUGACCAUGGGGUUCUUCCUGCCCAUCCUGGUCAUGGUCCUCUGUUAUGCCAGCAUCAUCUGGACCCUCCUGAGGGCCCACAGCACCCAGAGGCACAAGGCAGUGCGUGUGAUCCUAGCUGUGGUCGUGGUCUUCAUCGUGUGCCACUUGCCCUACAACAUGGCCCUGCUCUACCACACAGUGGCUCUGUUCCACGAGAGGGGGUGUGAGGGGGAGAACGUCAUCCUCACCACCCUCACCACCACCAGGAGCGUGGCCUACCUCCACUGCUGCCUCAACCCCAUCCUGUACGCCUUCAUCGGGGUCAAGUUCAGGAACCACUUCAGGAAGAUCCUGGCGGAUCUGUGGUGCCUGGGCAGGAAGUACAUCUACCCCUCGGGUCGCUCCUCACGCAUGACCUCUGACCUCUAUAUCCCAGCUCGCAAGUCCACUGACGGAUCCAACAACGAGAAUGGCUCCUCGUUCACCAUGUGA